UUUCUCUAGCAUCCACCUCCCCCUCGCAUUCACGCACCUCCGAGCGCACAACCUCCAAUAAUUGUGGCACUCACCGCUCGCUGCUUGGAUGCCCGGAGCAACCCCCAGAGAGAGCGUAGCUUGCUUCAUGCUUUUAGCUCAGGCCUUCGAGAUUCAGAAGAACGGACCACUUCAGAGAAUAUUCCAUUUGUCGCCAGUAAGCCCUUGAACUAGCGUCCACCCCACUGGUCUGCUCGCCUCUAGUCGCUGUCCAAUGCGCAAGACCUGUCGAAACGGGGUCGCCAUCGAUUAGGUUUUCAGCGCGCUGAACGAGCUAGUGCAUCAAACUACAAAUUACCCUAGCAGUUCAAGUUACUUCUUUUCCUGCUGUGAUUUAUAGUCAUAGCGCGUUUAAGAAAGGAGCAGCUUGCUCGAAGCUUGGUUCGCUUGCGAGCGACCCGUCGCAAACUUUGAAGCGCGUAGGUGGUAACUCUGUAGGAAAACAAUUAGAGGCAGCGCAUUCGUUUCUGAGCUUCCGAAACAAACGACCGUCGGCGCAAUGUGGACUUCCGCGCGUGUCUCCGCGCGUCUCAACGUGCUCCGCCUGUCAUUCGUGCUCGUUGCCGCGACCUGCUUCCUCGCCGCGCCAGCGCGCGCACAGGCGUUCAGGGCGAGCUCGAACCCGGCGCUGGCGGAGCUGAAGCUGGAGCAUCUGAACCGCUUCUUCCGGGGCCUCACGGUGGCUUAUAACGAGUCGGAGGAGUGGUGGGAACCCGACAUGUCCAUCGACUGGCGCUGGGACGACCGGCUCAAGCCCGUGCUUGGGCUGCGCACGGAGGGAGCAUGCAAGUCCUCAUGGGCGAUAACGGCCGUGACGGCCGUGGAGAUGGUGUACGCGAUUGUAGCGUCCGCGUUUCCCUCUCUGCCGCCCGCCGCGCGCGUGUCGCUGCAGCAGGUGCUGGACUGCGAGCCCAGCAACAGCAGCUGCGGGGGCGGCGGCUGGCCCACGUCAGCGCUGGACUACAUGGUGGACGCUACGCUGGCGAACGGGGGAGUGGCGACGGACGCUGCCUAUCCGUACAUUCAGAAGCAAGGGGCCUGCAAUGCGACCAGGGCGAAGAAGCUGCUGAAAGAAACGACGCCCAAGGCCAUAGGCGUCAUCGGAUACGACCAGGUGGACUUCUACGGCUGGUUGGGGCUGGCGCUCGCCGUGCAGACCCAGCCAACCAUUGCCUUCGUGAGGGGCAGUCACGCCACGUUCCUCAGCUACCGCAAGGGCACUUACAACGACCGCAACUGUGCACAGGGGGUGGUGGACCACAGCGUGGUGGUGGUGGGGUACGAGAUGGACAACUACGACACGCUGCCCUACUGGAUCGUGCGCAACUCGUGGGGCGACAAGUGGGGGGAGAAGGGCUACAUGCGUAUGGCGAUGGUGGGGGGUAUUGGCAUCUGUGGCAUCCACACUGUGCCGGCGAUCUACCCCGUCAUCAAGACCCCCUCCCCCUGCAACGACCAGAUCAAUCCAUGCGGGUGGGGCGACUGUGAGGCCAACCCUGACGGCCCCUCUCCGCCCUACGUAUGCUCCUGUGCCGAUGGCUUCGUGCCGGUCAUAAACGACGAUGGCACGCCCACCUGCGCCAUUGAUGACGUGUGCUCGCAGUUCGAGGGAGGCAACCCCUGCGGCGUGGGGUCGUGCUUGAGCGACGAGGCAGGGGGUUACCUCUGCCUGUGCCCUCCGGGCUUCAAGCGCGGGCUGCGGGCCAAAGGCUCUGAGAUAUGCGUGCCGACCGCCGACCGCCCGUCCAACAUCUCGUACCCCAUGGACGUGGACUGCGAGCUCGUGUACCAGAUCUACGGGCUCAGUGAGGAGAAGUUCCUUGCGCAGAAUCCCGACCUGGAGAACAACGAGGGGUGGUGCGACAUGGUGCCGGCCAACACAGUCGUCAACGUCACUCUGCCGCCCUCUGCCAUCAUCUGCGGCCUCUUCUACUCCUGGUCCGCUAACGACACAUGUGCAGCAGUAGCGGAUGGCUUUGACCUCACAGUGGCCGAGCUGCAAAGGCUCAACCCGGGCGUGCGGUGCUCCGGGAAGAUCAGGCUCCCCACACCUAACCAGCAGGUGUGCGUGCAAGAGGGCAACGGUGCGGACAUGCCUGUGUGUACGCUGUUCUACACAGUGGCACCGGGGGACGACUGCGACAAGGUCAUGGCGCGCUUCAAGCUCUCCGCGAUCUCCUUCUACACGCUCAACCCGGGCCUCAGCUGCGCGUCGCUCUUCCCCUACCUGAGUGGGCCGGACGAUUCUACGGCCGACCAAGAGGGAGGACCCUCCCUUAGUGGCACUCAGGUGUGCGUCUCUGGCUACACAGUGAACGCCACUGGCCCGGCUCCUGCGCGCUCCCUCAGGAGUCUGAACCCCCAGGUGGCCAUGCAGGGCAGGCCUGAGAGCCCCAAUGGAGCAUGGCUGCGCGGGGACAGGUGGGGCAGCAAUGAUGAUGCUGAUCCUGACCCUGUGAUGCCUGUGGCUGUGAACCGGCGCUGGCAGAGCUGGCAGCAGCAGCAGCAGCCACAGCAGCAGCAGCAGUCGUGGCAGCAGUGGAUGCACGAGUUCUUGACUCAGAUAGCAGCCUCGGGGCCAGGCAGGAGCAACCACCAUGGCAGCCAACAGAUGGCGUCUAUGAUCCUCCACAAGAGGCUCCUCCAUAAGAGGCUUCUAGUAGCGAAGCAGCGCACCAAGCCUAAGUGCAAGGCGUAUUACUAUGUGCAACGGGGGGACUUCUGUGCGCGGAUUAUUGCGCUCAAGUUCCAGAAUAGUGCACGGAAGAUGUCGGAUUUGAACAGUGGCUAUGUGUGCAACAAUGAUAGGCUUUAUGUGGGAAUGGGGCUGUGCACACAGAGGUAAGGGUACUAGAAGAUUGGUGAUGUUAACAUCCUGGUUUUAUGGAAUUGCAGUGCAGUGCAGUAUGUAAAUGUGUAAUUAUGUUGUGUUGCAUGACUCCCCAGCAAAUUGAGCUGAAUAAAUGACUCGGCGAAAG